GCGAAGUUCGUCGCACGGUGUCGUCGGUCUUGUCAUGCUUACAGUACGCGCCAUACAUUCCAUAACAGGUGUAUUAUUUUGGUCGAUUGAGCUUGUCGAAGCUGCCACUCGAAAAUUGGAUUCAGAAGAACUCGGAGAUAGAUCGAAUAUAGGUGCAUGGAUUGACCGAAAUUGGAAUAACUCACUCGGAAGGAGGUUCAACUUGGAGAUAUAAAAGACAGGCAUUAUCGAAUUAAAAAGUAUUAUUCCGUUCCUUUAACUGACGAUUGAGCUCAGAGAGAUUGCUUUUACUUUGGAACUCUUAAUAUAUAGCUUCACAACUGCUCGAGUGGACUGCGGGGAGUUCAUAAAAUUCGCUCUUGUACAGGAAUAUACUUUACAGUUUGGAUAUUCGUGCAGUCAACUGAUAUAGACUUCACUUUCUAACACCUCUUAGUGACGCAGGCAACACCUGAUUUUUGUGCCUUUUUCGAGUCAUGUCCCCACACAGUUGUUGAAACUUCACAUUUUGUUGUUUCGCCCGUUGAGAUACAGCCAGUCAUGAAUACGGGCAAAGAACUAGAACUGGAGACCUAUCGGCAAGGCUAUCUUCAACGGAAAAAGGGGGUUGCUAAGAGUGUAAAGAAGAGAUGGUUUUGUCUCAAUCAAGAUGCGUUUAUCACAUUCAAGACAGAAGAGGACGCAAAGAAAAGUGAUCAGGAAUGUCUGGAUGUGCUCCCUCUCGUUGAUGUUCAGACGGUGAAAAAACAGCAGAACAACAACUACAAGUAUUACCCCUUCGAGAUCGUCACCUUACAAAAGACACAUGUAUACUUAACAGACAGUGCAUACGAGCAGGAUCAGUGGGUUAAAGCAUUCCACAACGCCAUGAAACUCAGAAGUUUUAACCAACAGACUGCUGACGUCACAUCUAAAUAUUCCAACGGCAAAGACAGAAGGAGCAGUACAGGAGCGAGGAAGCUCUCUCAGAUCAAGAAAUAUAUGCAGGACAGCAAGAGAUCUGGUCAGCAGCGCAAAUCAUCGGGUGUAGAAUGUGACCCAAGCGAAACACCCGACUAUCAGGGUAUCCCCAUCGGAAACAUGGACGUUGAAAACGACGACGUCUUCGUGUCUAAUAAACCGUCGUCGUCAACGACCACGAACAACCCACAGACUGUACGUGAAGACACAAUAGACGGCGGUAGUAUGAACGCCAGUGGAAAGAGUCGGGCAAGCGACGACAGCGGACAGGGAUCACACGAUGUUAGAAAUUUGGACUCGACAUCGAGCGCGAACACGGCGUCGGUGUCCGAUGGUGAUGUCGAAAACGGGGCGUCGAAAUCUCUUUCAAACGGGAAUGAAGUUCGUGAUGAGGUUGACGGAAUUACUUCGAAGUCACCAUCGUUAAUACCACCUCCAGUACCAGCGCCGGCGUCGUCUGGGUUAAGUCGAUCAAAGAAACAGCGCCUGUUCGAGGAUGAGCAGAUUUAUGACGAACCUCCGCGUAUCGAUGAGGAUAUCUACGAUGUCCCACCACGUGAAGAUGAGGACGAAGUUGAACCUGUGAAUAAUGACGAGCAAGAGGAAGAUGAAAUGGAGCUGCCACAAGAAGAUGAAGAAGAAUAUUAUACAUCAGGUUUGGUCAAAUCAUCCGCCAUGAUCAAUCUCCAAAAAAUCCUCGACGAAGAUAGCGAUGACGAGGAUGACGAUGACAUCGUUGGCGACGGUGCUGAUAGCGAAUACGACAAUGUUAAUGAACAACAAGAGAACAUAGAAGCUGAAUUAACUGAGAAAGGUGUCGAGAAAUCAGCGGUAGAGCAAUUAAAAGAUUUGCUUGACAGUUUUGAUGAACUUUAACCACGAUUUGCGAUCAUGCGGAUUUGAAAUAUAGUAGCAAGGAAAAGAUAGGAAACCGGACCAGUGAACUAUAUCAGAUGGUUAGCAAGAAAAGUUUUGAUUGAUUUUGUACAUAUCAGGCUGCAGUGACAAUGGGAUGUCCGUUAUCAAAUGCUUUUUUAAAAAAUUGAGAAACGAUCGUUGACCCUUAAGAGGCCUGGGAGGGGAGGAUUUAGCACCCUGUUGUCGCUUCGACGUAUCAUGACUUAGUUUACAUGUAGUAUCUUUUUGGAAUGUAUUUGUGGCGACUGGACUGUGAAAUGUGAUUCCGAAAUUUUCUACAUGCGUGACUGUCCAAGAUUGUCAAAAAUGCAAUUUUGUGUACAAAUCCAAAGCUGAAAUUCACAAAUGUAUGAUAAAAUUUGAUAAUGAAAUUGGCCGCCAAAUUUCCUAUGUUCUCAGUCAUUUCAAUUAUGAUUAAGAUUAAUACAUCUGGAAUUUCGUUUAAACAGUGCAUCUCGGAGGGUAGGAUGUGUAUAAAAGAUCAAGGUGAGAAUAUCAUUCUAAACGGCAUAACGAAUAUUGGACCAAGUUUAGAGAUUUUCUGGCAUAAUCUAUACCAAAGAUUUUUCUGUCAUCUCAUCAAACUUUUCACAAAAUUAUCAUUGGAGUUUUGAAAUAGGACUUAGAACAUGUAGAAAUAUGCAUUCUAUUUUGUUAAGAAGACAUACAAGGUCGAAGUUUUGAUAAAGAAUUUGAUCGAUUCGACCAUCUUGAAUAAACGAAAGGCUGAACUGACCAGAGAAAUAUGGCACUAUAAAUUGCAGAAAACCUACGCUAAUAAUCUAUACAAAUAUUACAGUCUGGGAUUUUUUUCACACAAAGUAAAUGAACAUCUGUCAUAUCGAGUAUCUUAUGAAUUUGAUGACAACCAACAUUUUGCAUUGUCUAUACGCAUAUUAAAUGAGUGUACACAUAAAUGAGUGUAUAAACUUCCAUUUGAACUUUCCUGUGCAGUACAUGUAUGUUCCACUCAUGUUCACGAUUUAAUAUAAUGAAAAAGAUUGAUUCGCUUGAAUUGAAACAAAGGCAUAAUAAUGAAUUACUUGAAGUUGAACUAUCCAAAAGGUACUGUCAGAAUAGAUACGGUCGGAAACAAUCCAUCUCAAGAUGGUAAUGCUUCAGCAGACGAUCAUGUUGGGUUCAGAGUAAGGCUGCUCAUUUUCUCAAGAAAAACAAACAAAUUCAUUAAAUUCCUUCACUCUGAGACUUUGAUAUGAUGAUAAACUUGCAUCAGUUUUGCCUUUCGUAUAGGUCGUCUUGAUAGGUCUUGAUACAGCCUAUAACAGGCGCGGAUCCAGGGGGGGGGGGGGGGG